GUCUUAAAAUAAGAAAUCAUGGAAACCACCACCACCGACUUUUAACAGAAAAGGAGGAGGAAGCAAGGAAGGAAGGAAGGCGUGAGCUCUGCAGAUCGCUGAACUUCCUCAUCGGAGACUCGUAGAUCUGCGACAAAGAUCCAGCCAUGGACUUGGACACAGAGCCUAAAGCUAUGAUGAUUAAGCAUGAUCAUGUUCCAAAUAGCUUGCAGAUUGACCCAACGAGGGCUCGUUUUCCAUGCUGCAUUGUGUGGACUCCCCUCCCUGUUAUUUCAUGGCUACUCCCUUUCAUUGGUCAUGUCGGGGUAGGCCGUGAGGAUGGAGUGAUUGUGGAUUUUGCAGGUCCUAACUUUGUGUCUGUAGAUAACUUUGCAUUCGGACCCGUGGCCCGUUAUAUGCAAAUAACCAAAGAAAAGUGUUUCACCCCUCAGCAUCCUUCGGGUGCAUACAGAACCGAAGAAGAAUACAGGUUAGUGGAAUCAGGAAGAAGCCAUUACAGUUGGGAUGAAGCCUUGAAAAAGACCACACAAGAAUACCAAAAGCAGACUUAUAGCGUGUUAACUUGCAACUGUCACUCAUUUCUGGCGAACCAUCUUAACCGCCUGGAGUCACAGGCUAGUGGGUGGAACGUGGUGAAUGUUGCAGCGUUGAUUAUGUUCAAAGGGAAGUGGGUGAACACGCCAUCUAUGGUUCGAUCUUAUUUGCCAUUUAUGGUCGUGUUGUUCAUGGGUAUUACAUUUGGAGGUGCAAACUUUCUAACUUUUUUGGCUUUUGUUGUGUUCCUUCUCUUUGGAUGGUAUCUUUGUGGUACUUAUUAUUUCAAAAACAUCAUACAACUCUAGUAAGUAGGUUUGUCACCUGUUGGUUACAUGCAGUUAUGCAUACAAGUGUGAGAGGUGAUAUGUGUAUGGGUCUAGUUUUUAUGUCGUAAUAUGUAGUAGUUGUCCCAGAUGUUUCUUUGAUUGUUUCAUUUUUUAGGUUGACCAUGUUUGUGUGAGAAAAUUGGUCAACUGUGUCUUUUUCUUGUGUGGAUUACUAGCUAUUAAAUAUGUACUUUGUGCAAAUGUGGUGGUACACUUGAAGUUGAAACUAGAAAUGCAUGUAAUAUUGUUACAUAUUUUUGGAUGUAUAAUGAGUGUGUUUUUCUUU